UUUUACUUGUAGUAAUCCUGAUAACGUACCGAAAGAAGUCCCAAGUGAUCUUGAAGAACUAUACCUUCAACGGCAAAAUCCAAGUAGUUUGUUGUUUCAUCUAGCGAGGUGUCUGUAAGAAGGAAGGGAUAAGGCGUUUGGUUGACCCGGACCGGACGGCAGGACACCGUCGGGGGUUCGCUGCAACGCAUCGACGGCUUCCGCAGCUUCUCAGGCCAAGGGUUUCUUUAUGGAGAACGGAGAACCAACAGAAACAGAUCAGAUGGAACAUAAUGAUGGACGCACACCAUUGACAAACAUCUCAAACACCAUUACUAUAGCUGAUGAAAAUGGAUCGAAAAGGCUUGGUCCAAAUGUCGAUGCUAAGGAACGUAAGAGGCAAAGGGAAAGGGAAAGAUAUGCCGCGAUGACCGUUGAACAAAAAAACGAGAAAAGUAGAAAACGUCGUGAAGCAAGCCAACGAAAUAAAGGACCUCCUAUACAAACAGAGGGAUCUACAGUUAGUCUUUCAGAUGGCUGUAGCACAAUUGAUUUCACAAACUUUGCAACACAAGUUCCAAAUGUGAAUCGAGAUGAUGAUAGCGAUUGGUUGCAUAGGAAUGAGACAUUCAAGUCAGACGAUGUUUUCACAACAAGAGACCUUCUGACACCAGGUUUUUGUCCCGCGAGAAUGGAAUCUCUAUUUGUAGGCUUGUCUCAUAACAAGCCAAAAAAAUCGGUGGCAACCGCAAUAGUUCGAGAAGACUAUAUUUGCACGCAAGGUGAUCUUGCUCUCAUCGAUUUUAUCAAGGAAAUCCCUUGUGAACCAAGGGUAGAAGUCGUUCUUAUUGAUGAUGCCUUUGUUGAAAGGAAGUGGAUGGAGUGUUUAUUUCAGCCGAGCGCAUAUUUAGGUGACGAGGUUAUAGACUGUUACAUAAAUUUGAUAAAAGCUCAAAAGCAUCUAAAGUGCCGAUCUGGAGGUCGCGUUCACAUAGAAAAUGCUUUCCAGUUCAAUUUCCUGAAGCGAGAUGGUGAUCUUGAAAUUAAAACAGAGGAGCUAUAUCCAAUUAAAGACAUGACACACAUAUGUAGCGCUGAACGAAGGGUGUUACUUUACCUAGACCAUGACAUGGUGUUUAUUCCGAUAAACAUCCGAGAGACGCAUUGGUAUCUUGCUGUGAUCCAUGCAAGAAAUAUGGAGAUACAAGUGCUCGAUUCACUUGGUACUUCACAAGACCGCAAAGACCUCACUGACUCUAUUAAAGGACUGCAAAGACAAAUAGAUAUGAUAUCUCAACGUAAGGAGUUAAAAGACCACAGGUGGCCAGACCUCCAAGUUGCUUCUUGGUCGCUCAGAGAAAUAGACAUGGGAUAUGCAAAGCAGACAGAUAGCUCUUCAUGUGGCCUCUUUCUUUUGAACUAUAUCGAAUACUGGACAGGGGAUGAACUGUCUGACAGUUUUACUCAGGAUGACAUGUCACACUUUAGGAAAAAAAUGGCUGCUAUAUUACUAUCUUCAGACCUGAAUAAGAGAAGGGGGUGUCUGUUAUACAAAAAUGAAAAAGAAGUUGACUCUGGAAGCCCAUCUGAUGUUGAGAUAUUAGAAAACCCAACAGAUUCUAAUAAGAGGAAACUACUCCACGUGCUUGAUGAUAGCGAAGUAGUGUUUGAAGAUGAGGAAGGCCCUAUUACUCAAGCAGACUUGCAAAGGUGGUUUGUUGAUGAUUGGGAUAAAAGAGCUCCUGUAAAAGUCUCUAACGAUGGUUGCACCAAUGACUUUUUAAUGGUUGGUCUUUCCACAAAGGACAUGCCAGUGACCAAAGCCGAUUCAAUAGAUGUUUUAUGUGAUUAUAUCAUGGCAAUAGAAGACGAUACGACACUAGAGAGAACAUGGGUGCGAAGUUUCAAUCCUUUUAAGAUAGAAAUAUCUGUCAAAGACCUGCAAAACAUAUUAACGACAACUCAAGAUAUGAUUCUAAGAUGUUUUGAUAUGGCUGUUCGGCUGCUUGCCAAUAAAGAGUCACGUAAACCGAAAGAAGAAAUCAUAAAUAAUAGAAAGCAUUAUAUGGACAUGCGUUUUUGGAGAAUGGUUGGUUUUGGUAAAAUACCAAAGUACCAUCAGGAUCCUACAACAGAAGAGUUGGCCAAAACACUAGAUUGUUGGCCAUCAAUGAAUUAUUAUAUCACGGGUUGUAGAUAUGUUCUCAUGCCAUGGAAAUUCAAUGGAUGUCACGACUGGUGUUCCAAUUGA